ACAUUUAAAUCUUAAUCAUUCUUUAAGCGUAUCAAAAUUUUUCGUCAUUGCAAAUUUAAAAAAAAUCGGUCAAAAUGACUUAUUGUAGGGAUAGAUGUUACGAUAGAGAAACCAACAGACGUGCCCGAGAUGAUGAUGAUGACGACUACGACGACGACGACGACGGAGAACCAACUCAAGAUUACAAUCAAGGAAGAGGAGCUUAUUCUAAACGAUCGGGUUAUAAUUUAGAUCCGGUAUUAAUGGAUUUAGAUGGAAAUGGUUAUCAAAGAUAUAGAAUGACAAGGGAUAUGCACUAUAGAAGUUAUGAUGGUUCUGGAAUAUAUCAGGUUCAAAGUCGUAAUAGUUUGGUAAAAGAUCGUGCUAAAAUUAAAACGGUUACAUCAAACGCAAAUAUUUUGUCUGCAAGGAACCCCGAUAUUUUUGCUACACCACCACGACCUGGUGGGUUUAUGAAAAUAAAACCGAAAGAAUUAGCCAAAACCGAUGUUGAAGAAUAUAUGGAUGUUUGUGAACGUUGCACCAAAAUUUACGAUCACGAAGUCACUUUACGUAAAAAAAGGAUUAAAACACCAGAAAAGAAGUUUUCAAAAGUUUCUAUACAUCCGGUUCAACGAGAAACAGAAUCUAGAGAGUUUCGCAUUCGAAGAGCUUUAGAAGAAAACGAUUGGGAAACGACAGUUAUUGAUGAAACGGAUACGAUUGUGGGAAUUUCGAAUACAUACCAUUUUGGGAUGAAUAUGUUAGCCGUUACGAUAACCUGCGUUAUGAUGAUGGCAGCAAAAAUUGAAAUGACGAUGGAUUAUUUAGAUUGGGCCGAAAAUUAUUUAGAAUGUAUUAAAGAUGAUAACGGUAAAUUACCAAGAAAUAUUACUGGGAUAUUAAAAGAAAUUGAAAAAGCACGAUCAACCGCAAUUCAACAAGAAGCGAGAACCUACAAACCAAGAUCACAAACGAGAAUUGCUAAAAAAAGAAACGAUCAGGGUUGUCGAAUUAUAUGUGAUAUGAACAGAGGCGUUCCAGGGCAAUGUACCGCAACUAGUUCUUGUACAGCAAACAAAAACCUUUGCUCCGCAUUAAGAAUCCCACAUCCAUGCCCCCAUAUGAAAAUGCCUAAAUGUGAUGUAAAAUGUGGUCAUAUUGCAACGAUUGAUGAUUACGUUUCUCCAACACCAAGUCAAAAAGAUAAAUCACACGUUUAAAACAAAUCUUAUAAAUAGUAAGUAUAUUUUUUUAUUAAA